AUGCUUCCUUUACAGAGACAGCAGAGGACGCUGAGCGUCAAAGAGAAGAAGUUGAAUGAUCGCAUCGCAAAGCUCGCGCGGGACGCGCAGCGGGCUGAUGGGACUUCGAUCAGCGACACCGACGUAUCACAAUGGAUUGCUCCACCGAUUUCAUGGAGCUACCAGAACAUGAUCGUGAUCGCCGUCAAACGCUUCAAAGACUUCAUUAAGCUCGUCGGUCCAGACGACUCCCGAGUCCGAAUCAAGGACCCAGAGAUGUACUUCUGCUCCGGCGCCCAGCAUAUAUCGCUCGAGCUGGUUAGGCUGUUCCUCCUGUACCUUGCUCGAACGUCGUCUGGCAAGCUAGACGAGAGGAUCACCUCGAAAACAGCGCGAGGCUACAUCUCGCACACGCUUUGCGCCGCCUACCGCUUCUCUGGUAAGAAGCAGCUGACCGCUGAAGAAAUGUCACAGGCCUACGUAUAUAUUAACAGGCUGGAGCGAGACGGCGAGCUAUCAAACAAGACUCGAGUGAAGCCGGUGGCUACGAAAAACGAUCUUGAUGUCUUGAUCGCUAUGGUCUUCUCGGAUGCCUUUGCCCUCAAGCUGUCUGGCGUCAGACUGAUACUCAACCUAGCGCUGUACAUGAAUCUCUACGUCGAUUCUUGCGGCCGUAGUUCGGACCUUGCUUGGGGUGGUCCGGCGGUUGUAGAACAGGCAAAUCAUUGCCUCUGCUGGGACCAUUGCGACUUCUACGUGGUUCGCUUCGACGACGGUGAUUGUGUGAUCGCUGCCAACAUUAAUUUCAAGUACCAGAAAGGCCAGACGACCUCGGAUGAGCAGAAAACUAUCACUCUCCGAUUGUUACCUACCGCGAUGGCCACUCAGGACUCGUUACGUCUACUCGUCACGUUGGGCCUGGUCGACGGCGUUUUUGGGCCGGGGAUGACAUGGGCUGACCUGAUUGCUGUUGAACCAAGUAAGCAUAUCCUCUGCGGACACAAAUCGACGCCGCCUAUUCUAACGAAGGACCCAAUCGUAGGUGCCUAUUCUCGCAAGAUUCGUCAGUCGGAAGCCUUUGUCGGAGUUCCUGUGUUCCGGUCAGCAUUAGGACAGCCUCUUCGCAGCGCAAAGCUUGGGGAGAAUAUCACAGGCCUUGGUCGCCUGGCUGGAUUUGAACACCCCGCGACGCCAUACUCGCUACGUAGAGGAUACGCAAACGUACUCUACGCAAAUGUGUCUACUGAAGAUCGGAGAUUCUUGAUGGGCCACAAGACCAACUCGGAUAUUUAUAGUCACUAUUACUCUGCCAUAUCCGUUGUCAGUGUACAGGAGGUAUUUCGUGGCAUCCGCGCUGGUAAUGCAGCCGAAAUGCAUGGGCUCUCCCUCAACAGAACCCAGCAGCUGCCCCAGACCAUCAGCGAAGAAGGGUGGCUCAGGGUACAGCAGGAUCCUGAGAUCGUCAAGGCCGGUCUCGAAUUCUCGCAGGUCAAAUCUGAACUCUGCGAGUUAUACGGAUCGAUCAGUGCUGCCGUCCGUGCUUGCGAUCCUCUCAUCGAAAGCCUCGUUGCAGCAACUGCACGGUUAAAGAACCGUCGAAGAGCUCUUAUGGGCGCUAUCUACCGAGAAGAAUAUCGCAUGGCGUUCACGGGCCAGCAUCCUCUAUAA